AUGCCCACGAGCGAACAGAAACGUGAUUUGAGCGUGCAGGACUUCAAGCGAAAGGCUUCGCCUGAGGACCUUGAGCAAUACAAGAGACUAAAAGGGCACGAUGCGAAGUCGGCUUUUCGCAAGCAAUGGGAUGCGGGCAGGGCCGUGAACGUCGUGGCUACCAAGAGGAACACGCAAGUUGAGGGAAAGAUGGAAGGCUCUCUCGGGGUCUACCGCCCACGGUCCGUGAUGAUCCAGAAGGAAGGCAACGACGCCGAGGCUGCCAUUGCCGUGGACAAGAUUAUUUCGAAAGCCUUGGCCAAAGGCUACCCGUGGUGCGCCAUGAACCCAGACACGGAGAGGCUUGAAUUUCUGCACCGCAAGAGGGUGCCCACCGCGGGGCCCAGCCCGUUCCCGGUGUGCAGGAUGCGGCCGCCCCCAGCCGAGGAGGGCGCGCCGCCAGCCAACGGCGCGGCCGCGGCGGCGCAGGCGCCUGCCGCGGCGUUCGCGCCGCCGCCGCUGGCCCCAGCCGCCGAAGCAGACCUGCUCGGGGAAGGCCCUCCGGCACCCGCGCCAGCAGUGCCAGCUGCGGCGCAGGCGCCCGUCGGCGACCUCCUGGGCAUGGACGACUGGCUGGGCGGCGCGGACCCCGCGCCGCCGCCGGCGCAGACUGCGGCCCCGUUCGGCCUUGCGCACGGCGCGAGGAUGGACGGGGCCGACUUCGAGGCGCGCUGGGGGCGCCUCCCGGCUGGCGCAGCCCAGAGCAGGC